GGCAGCCAUAUGAUGCCAUUCGCUUGAGUGUCAUAUCACAUUGAGGGGUUCGUGCAUGUUAGAUUUUGUGAACACGGCACCUGCCCGGGCUGUUUACGAACCCUGCCCGAUGCCCGACUCGCGCUCGAGCCGGAGCCUCCGUUCGCAGUAAUAGUCUGCAGCAUCAAUAAAAGGAAGGCUAUGCAUCCAUGGGUGCGCUAGAGGGAGCAAGCUGUCCUUCAUUACAGAAUUCGUCGACCUAGCUCCAACCGAGCCCCGUCGCGACGGCGCCCCUGAACGACUCCCGCAGCAGGGCGAGCAACACGCGUAGCAUCCAAUAGCUCAUAACUCAUGAGCGGGAUGACAGGGAAGGCGUUUUGGAGAAGUCAUAACUUCCCGGUGGAGGGGCGCGGCCAUCACGCUUGCCGGGAUGACAAGCGCCCCAUGCACAAUUUCUCCUCGAUUUCUGAGACUGCCCCAAGCCACAAACCUGCACUCAACUUACUAAACGCUGACAUAAACAUUGUCCGUAAUACUUGAACUUGUUUGCUCGCGUGCUCAGCUUCUGUUGCGACUGGUUUUGUUUCCCUGAGGCCAGACCCGCCUACAUCAGCCAAAUCCCGGCGCAUCCUAAACCAUUGAUAAAAUAGACCACAGCGAUGUCCUCCAUGGAGGUUGCGACCAUAGGUCGCGCGGCGGGCCAGUUGGUCUUCGGUGCUCAGCAGCCCAGCAAAGCUAUCACCUGGGGGCCUGGUCCAUCUUCUGCACCAGCUGAUAACAAAUCUAGCCAAUCCAAGAAGGGGGCCAAGCCUGCCCGGCCCCGCGGCGGAAAACGCCCGCUGAGGCGCAUAGCCAUCGAGCUAGACCAGCUUGAAGUGGAAGUCAAAGCCAAGCUUGAAGAGCUCCAAAAGGCGGAGUCAGAGCAUCAGCGCCUUGCGAAUAGGCUCAAGGUGCUGGAGACGGUGAUACCUGUCCGCGAGCGGGAGCUCAACUUUCUCUGCCAGCAGGCCAGCCAGGCUCUGCGCGGGCCUGUCCCUCUCCCCGCCCUGCCGGCGCCACCGCGCAUCGUGGAGCUGCCACCCUCACUUCCCGGCAGCCCGUGCGACAGCCUGGACGUGGACGCGCUGUUGUUUACGCACGAGGACUUGUCGGGCGAUAUCUUCGAUGUGCCACCGAUUGUGGACUCGCCCGCGACUGAGUCGACAGAGCCGCAGGCGGUCGGGGGUCCCGCCGGCUCCCCAUCCACGUCCGUGCCCCCGCCGCUGGUGGGGCAGCAGCAGCCCACGUCCUCUAUCUCGAGUGGCAGUGACGCAAGUGGGGAAAAGAUUGAACCGCUGUUGGAGCCCAUGUCCUCCGGCAGCAGCGUGUUCAGCACGCCCACGCCGCGCGAGGUGGCUGACGAGCAGCUCGCCCGUGCGCUGGCGGGCUUCCGCGACCUGUGGAGCAACUGGCUGCGCGACGCAGGCCUGCUGCUGCACUCGCACGACGCGCGGCCUCAGGACCCCGGUCCCGAGCUCAAGUUGCUGCGCAUGCGGCAGCAGCUCAUGCCCAAGAUGCACGCACUGCGGCAGGAGUACCCUUGCCUGAGCAAGGCCGUGUUCAUGUACAACCUGGAGACGGGCGAGCGCGAGGGUGCCCCGGUCAGCCACUGGGCGGCUGUGGCACGCUCCAUGGCGCUGAGCCCGGACCAGCUGGCGGCCUGCCUGGCGGCGCUCACCAUCUACCGGGAGCGUGCCGCACCCGCCCUGGCCGAGCGCGAGCGCCUGGCAAACGAGGUGGUGGCCGGCCUGCGCGCCGUGUGUGGCGGCGGCAGCGCUGCGGCGGCGGCGGCGGCGGAGCCCGCGGCGGUGGAGGCGACGCCGGAGGCGGUGCUGCGGCUGUGCGAGGGCACAGAGGUGCUGUCGCGCAACAUCGGCGCGGAGGGACAGGCCAUUGACAUUGUCAAGGAUUUUCUGAGCAACGGCGUCAUGUCGGUGGUGCAGCUAGCCCGCAUCGCCGUGCUGAGCUACCCCUGGUUCCCGGACGCUCUCGCGCUGCUGACCACCCUGGAGGAGCUGCACCUGCGCCAGCAGCAGCAGCAGGCGGCUGAGGCUGAGGCGGCGGCCGACGCAGUGGCUGCCACCAUCAUGAGCUAGGGUUGCCAGCCUGCAGUGCGCUGCAGAAGGCCGCAAGCUUGUCUUAGGAUUGUUUGCAUAGCAUCAGUUUUAUAUGCAUGCAUGGUCGCAAAGCAAUAGAAUCCUGUGUGCGGCAUCGUGCACUUGCGUUGUAUGCAUGGUGCAUCCAUACGUCUUGUAGGCACGAGGCCUGAGAACAGUAACUCGGCGCCCACCAAGGCACCAACGCAAAAGAGUCUUGCGUGUGUGGCGCGUCUUUAAUUUUCGCGGUAUGGCGGGAGUCAGCAUGCAUGUGUAGUGCGCAAACCCAGGCGUGGGGCUUCCAGGACGUGACCACAUCCCGUGCAGCAGUCUCGAAGCAUGAAUGCGGCACUUGUUGCUCCCUCUUGCCAUCGCGUAGUAAUAGCAUGGGCGACGUAUUCAGCCGGCCCCUGCAUUAUUCUAAGGUCAUUUCUGUUGGCUUAUCAGCGAAUUUAGCAUAACCUUUUGUGACCUUACAUCAUAACAUGUUGUGUACAACAGUACGAGCAAACAUGGAUCUAUAUGGUGGGCUCCAGCAUUGUGGGCCCCUGCUGAUAAGUCGUGUGCAUACUACUGGUGUGUUUUAGGGUAUUGAUUUGUUUGGCGCUGGCGUGUGGCAGGGGAUUAGACUCUCCUGGCGUGUGAAAGUAGUGAAAGCGGGUGGCGUAUUUCACCUGGGGGCUGGCUUGAGUGGCUUUUGUAUAGCACGUGGCAGCACGGAGCCGGGCCAGCAGAUGGGGUUCUCUUGCGCUGGAAAUGCACGUUGUAGCAUUGAGCAUUACGCCUUACAGGGGCCUCUGCGUUGCCCUUGGAUGUACUGCUGAGAAGUUAUAUAAUUUUGCGCCGCUGUGUAUCAUUCAUGAUUGGCUGCCCUCCUUUUGUGCAGCGGCUGAGCGAUGCGUGUUGCCACAAUGCAGGCGUCGAUAUGAGGUCGAGAGGACAGUUCAGCUGCUGUGUACUGCUGGUGUGCCGGAAAGCUGUGGAGAGCACCAUGAAUGGAACACGCAAAGACCGUGUCUGCGAUGCUGUGUGUUUUUGAGUGCAGGUUGCGUGUUAACCGCGAGAGAGGAAGGGAUGUGCUGGCAUCAGCACACAUUACGUUUUGGAAAACGGUACAAGCGGCCAAUGGUGUACCGUAUGUAACACACCGUUUCA